AUGGCGGACAACCGUCGAUGGUUCAACAUGCGAGCGCCGAAGCCUCCUGGACCUGGACGGAUCCGGGAGGACGAGGAGGGAGUGGACCCUCCGGAGCAGGAAAUGGAUCCUGCGUCGGACAUUACUAAGCAGAAAGUGGCUGCUGCGAAGAACUACAUCGAGCAGCAUUACCGGAACCAGAUGAAGACAAUUCAAGAACGCAAGGAUAGGCGGAACGAGCUGGAGCGGAAGCUGGAGGAGGAGGACGUGCCGGAGGAGGAGCAGCAGCGCAUCAUGCAGGAGCUCGAGCGGCGCGAGACGGAGUUCCGCCGCCUGCAGCGCCACAAGAUGAGCGUCGACGACUUCGAACUGCUUACUAUUAUUGGGCGAGGGGCCUUCGGGGAGGUGCGCAUCUGUCGGGAGAAGAAGACGGGCAGUGUGUACGCCAUGAAGAAGCUCAAGAAGGCAGAGAUGCUUCGGCGCGGCCAGGUGGAGCACGUGAAGGCAGAGAGAAACCUCCUGGCGGAAGUGGAGAGCAAGUGCAUCGUGCAGCUGUACUGCUCGUUCCAGGACGAGGAGUUUCUGUACCUGGUGAUGGAGUACCUGCCGGGCGGCGACAUGAUGACGCUGCUCAUGCGCAAGGACACGCUCACUGAGGACGAGGCGAGGUUCUACGUGGGCGAGACAGUGCUGGCCAUUGAGAGCAUCCACAAGCACAACUACGUGCACAGGGACAUCAAGCCGGACAAUCUGCUGCUGGACCGCCACGGGCACAUGAAGCUGUCUGAUUUCGGGCUGUGCAAGCCCCUCGACACCAGCACCUUCCCCGCCGUCGACGUCGAGGAGGCCGCUGCCAUGCUGUCCAACGCGUCUCUGGAGGGCAACCACCCGGGGUCGGGCAGGAGCCAGGCGGAGCAGCUGCAGAACUGGCAGAAGAAUCGUCGUACGCUGGCCUACUCCACGGUGGGUACCCCUGACUACAUCGCACCUGAAGUGCUGCUUAAGAAGGGAUACAGCCUGGAGUGUGAUUGGUGGAGCAUGGGAGCCAUCAUGUACGAGAUGCUCAUCGGCUACCCGCCCUUCUAUUCUGAUGAUCCCAUGACAACCUGUCGCAAGAUCGUCAACUGGCGCACGCAUCUCAAGUUUCCCGAGGAGGUGAUCAUCUCCCGGGAGGCCAGGGACCUCAUCUGCCGCCUGCUGUGCGAUGUGGAGCACCGCCUGGGCACCAGGAGCGUCGGCGACAUCAAGAACCACCCGUGGUUCCGCGGCCUUCCCUGGGACCGCCUGUACAAGAUGGAGGCGGCUUUCAUUCCCGAGGUCAAUGACGAGCUCGACACACAGAACUUUGAGAAGUUUGAUGAGGUCGUUGAGGCCAGUGGAGCGCAGAAGGCAGGCCCCUGGAAGAAGAUGCUGCCAUCCAAGGACAUCAAUUUCGUCGGCUACACCUACCGCAACAUGGAGAUCGUGCAGGAGACACAUUCCCCUCUCGGUGGGGCGCUGGAGCUGAAGAAGAAGAGCAAGGGCAAGAAGCCAGGCCUCAACUCGCUCUUUGCAGACGCCCCAGCCGCAUCUGGAGGGGGGGACCCGCACGACAGCCACUCCCACGGCUCUGGCAGCAGGGCAGCACAUGGGGGACAGGGAGGGGGUGGGGGGAGAGGGGGAGGGGAUUACGGGCGGGAUGAUGGCGCUUUCCCUCGCACCCGCCGUGCUGCUCUCGUGGCUCGCUCUUCUGAAGCUGCGCUGCUCGCGCGAUUAGUAGUGAACGACGGCCGGCAAGUCGUUAACGACGGCCGGCAAGUCGUUAACGACGGCCGGCAAGUGAAUGACGGCCGGCAGAGAGCAUCAUCCGUUGAUGAAGGGGCAGGGCGACAUCCGUCAGUGGGCAGCCAGCGGCGUGGGGAUGAUAGUCAUGGCGAAGCGCACUCGACAGCUGGCGAUUGGCAUAUCGACAGGCUGUCUCAUCACCGCCGUUCUCUCUCUUGUCCUCAUGCACCAGAGUACGUGGCACGGAUCGCAGCGGAAAAUGUAACGGGGGUGGUGCGGGAGGAAGUGGGGUGGCUGGGCGGGCCGGUGGAGGGGACCAAGUAUGUGGCACGGAUCGCAGCCGAAAAUGUAACGGGGGUGGUGCGGGAGGAGGUGGGGCGGCUGGGCGGGCAGGUGGAGAGCGUGCAGGCGCUGCAGCAGGCCAGAGCCAAGGCGGGCGGCAACGGGACGGGGGACGUGGGCGGCGACUGGGCAGUGGUGCUGGAGGCGCGCGCACGGGACGCGGAGCAGCGGGCGGCGCAGCUGAAUGAGACAGUGGGGCGGCUCACGGCUAGCAUGAGGAAGCAGGCGGCUGAGAUUGUGGCUCUUAAGGCAGCAGAGCAGGUGGCAGCAGGAGCCGGGGACCUCCCCAAGCGGCCUCGCGGCAAGAUGGUGGUGCUGGAUGAUGACCCCUCCCGCUGGCGCCAGCACUCCUUCCAUCGCACCGGCGCCUACGGCUUCAUCCAGUACAGCGCGUACCGGUUAGAACCGGCACGCAUCGUGGUGGUUGGGCUGGGCGCGCUGGCGCAGCGCAGCAAGCGGCGGUUGGAGGGGUGCUGGUGGCACAAGAUGGAUGGGCACACUGUGAUUGCUGGCAAGCUCACCCAGAUGGUCAUGGAGGAGCAUCACAACUACCUGUACGAGAUGGUGGUGCUGCAGUGCGUGUUGGAAGAAGAGGUGGAGGAGACGGGAGGGCAUCUAAGGAUCUACCUCGACCGCCAGAUCCUCUACCCUUACCGGGAACAUGUCAAGGAGAUUGAUGGAAGUAAGGCCUUUGCAGCCCACCUGUCCUCUCUUGACUUGACGGCCCGUUCCCCUGGCGCAUUGCCUUCUGCAGCUCUGCGCAUUGACACCCUCGGGCUGCCCCCAUCCCUCCCUCUUGCCCAUGCGCCCUCCAUCCCUCCUGCUUCCCUCCCGCCAACCCAGAGCCUCAAGGCAGCAGAGGGCCCACUGCCCUGGCGAGUAGCCUUCUGCAGCUCCACGCUGUACGCAGACGUGGAGGAGCGCAGUGUGCUCCAGUUCAUCCACUACCACCGCUACGCGAGCGGCUACGACCACUUUUGUGCUCUAUGGCACCGUCGGGCUGCCUCUUUCCCUCCCUUCUUCUUGCCCUUACUCCCUCUCUUCCUCCCUCCCUCCCCCUCUCCCUCCUCGCCCUCCCACCAAACGCAGAAGCUCGAGAAGAAGGGAGGGGAAGAGACCCCACUGCCCUGGCGAGUAGCCUUCUGCAGCUCCACGCUCUACGCGGAGGUGGAGGAGCGAAGUGUGCUCCAGUUCAUCCACUACCACCGCUACGCAGGCGGCUACGACCACUUUGUGCUCUACGACACCGUCGGGCUGCCCCCGUCGCUCAUGGCGAUGCUGCAGCCCAUGCUGGAUGAGGGGCUUGUGACCGUGUCAGACUUCACCCAGGCGUAUCAGUUCGACGCCUGGUUCUACUCGCAGAUGCUGGACGAGGGGCUGGUCACCGUCUCCGACUUCACCCAGGCCUACCGAUAUUCGGCGCCUCGUGCUAGUCACAGGCAGUGGCGAUGCAUGACUGCAUGUAUCGCAUGCGCACACAGGCCGACUGGGUGGCCUUCCGCGGUCAACCCUGCCCUCCAUCUCCCCCAUCCUCACCUCUCCACGCUCUCCACCUCCUCCCUUCCCUCCUCCCCCUCCCAGGCGGUAGCGAUGCAUGACUGCAUGUAUCGCAUGCGCACACAGGCCGACUGGGUGGCCUUCCACGAUCUCGACGAGUACCUCGCCCUGCAACCACCCGCAACCCUCCCAACCAUCCUCCACCGCUUCGAAUCCCUCCCGUACAUCACCCUCGGGACCUAUGUCUUCUCGGCGCACAUAUGCGAGGAGGACGGGCCGGAGGACGUGUGGAGCGAGGAGGAGAAGAGGUUUGCUGUGGAGAGAAUGCUGCAGCGGCGGAAAAAGCCGUACUGUCUGCGAGGAGAGGAUGAUCCCAAGGUGUGCAUCGACUACUACGGGCACCGGAAGAUGUUCGUCAACCCCCGCAAGGUGGAGGCGGUAUACGUGCAUCGGACAGACAAGCCGAGCACGGGAGGAGUAGACCUGAGUACGGACGAGAUGUACCCUGCUCACGUAGAGGCGGUAUACGUGCACCGCACCGACAAGCCCAGCACGGGAGGAGUAGACCUGAGUACCGAUGAGAUGUACUUUGCCCACGUGCGCUCCAUCAACGGCAAGGGCAUCGCCUGCCGCCCGCCCAAGGACCAGGAGAACGACCUCCAAGCUGACGACCGCGAGCGCUGCACUCUCGUGGCUGAGACUGCUGCCCGCGCCCGGGAAUGUGCUCAGGACGGCUUCAGCAACCAGGUGGGCUGGGAUGGUUGA